UUAAAAUGGGUAUUUACCGUGUACAAUAGAGUGCAAUGGAAAAUGCUUUUUUCUUUCUUUCUUCUUGCUUCUGACUCUGGAAGAGAGACCUCACAUGCUUCUGACUUCUGUACAUCUCCAGCACCACGUACCCCUCCAGACCUCCAUUAAAAUACAACAACUCACAGUACCAGCAACAACAAAUUUAAAGCAGAUUCAGUACUACUACCAAACAACCAAACCGAACCCCUUCUCUCUGUUAAAAGCACUAUUCCCUCCCCUCUCUCUCUGUUUUCUCUGUCACAUUUUUUAAAUUAUAAUUCAGUACUCUGUUUUCUUUUCUUUUUUUUAGUAUUUCCUCACUCUGUUUUUCAAUUUCUCAUUUUCACCACUUUCUUAUCCAAGUAUAUUGAAAUAGUAAAAACCAGACCAGACCCAUUACAUAAAUCAAACACCCAUCUUUCAGAAAUCACUCAAAUUCUGGCAUUCCCAACAAUGGAAGCUUUUAGUUUACUCAAGUAUUGGAGAGUUGGUGGUAGUAAUGGAGUUAAUAAAACUACUGAGAAACAACAGCAGCAACAACCCAUUGCUACUACUACUAUUGCUACUACUGUUAGUGAAAUGAGUGUUGAAGAUGAAGGAGAAGAAUGUGUUGUUGAUGGUGAUGCUGAUGAUGAAGGACCAUUUUUUGAUCUGGAAUUUACAGUCCCUGAUGAUGAUGAAGAAGAUAACAAUGGUGGAGAAGAAGAAGACAAAGAUGAUGAUGGUGAUUCUGUAACAACAGUUGAGGAUGGGUUUGAUUUUACAGUAUCUCCUGGUUCUGUAACAAGUGGUGGAAAUCAAAUUGAUUCUUCACCAAAUAAUUUAACAUUUUCUCCUUCUGAUGAUAUUUUCUUCAAAGGGGAUGGUGGCAAAUCAGUUUCUCCUCUGUUUCAAUCUUCAUCUUCUACAACUUCAACUUCAUCAUCAGUUGAGAGUGGUAUUAAUAAUAAUCCUAAAGUUCAAUUUCCUGUUUCUUUAAUCAAAACAGCUACUAAAAUCAGGGUUUUCAUGUUGGGGCUUAAGAGUAACAGUAGUAAUCCUAAACCCAAAUCAGAUGAUCAAAAACCAGAGGAGAAACAGAGCACCAUCAGAACAGAGCUAAAACAGAGUAGGAAGUUUGUUACUGUAAAAUUCAGAGUUGACGAAAUCCUACCAAUGAUUUCAUUAUUCACUAGAGAUACUUCAUCUUCUUCUGCUGCUUCAAAUAACAACAAAAUCAUGUCCUCGUCUCAAGAAGAAAUCGAAGUAGAAGAUGAAGAAGGGAGGAAAUUGAUCUCUAAAGAUGUUGUUCAGAAAUAUCUGAAAAUGAUUAAGCCUCUGUAUGUGAGAGUUUCUAAGAGAUACAACAACAAUGGUGGUGCAUUUUCUCCAUUACAACCCAAGAUUGAAAUUGAUGAAUCAUUGUCUUCGAAGAGAAAACAGGGGGUGAGUAAUUUACCAAAUGGACUAAGAAUUGUUAGAAAACAUUUAGGGAAAAGUCGAUCAGCAUCAUCAGUGAACCCUGUAACAACAAAUUCUUCUUCAUCAGGAGGGGUUCAAUCAAAGAGAAGAGAUGAUUCAUUGUUACAACAACAAGACGGGAUUCAGAGUGCCAUUCUACAUUGUAAACGUUCUUUUAAUUCUUCCAGAGAUACUGAUUCGUGUCCAAGAUCAUCUACGGAAUCACAUGAGAUAUCAACUAGAACUUCAAUUGAUGAAGCAGCAGCUGGGAAGUGAGAGCUUAGUAGAGGUUCUGUACUAUUGUUAAGGUGUUUAGGCAGGCUUCUUCUCAUUUGAUUUUGCUUUCUGUACAAAUUUUAGAGACCCUUUGAUGAUUAGAAUGUAGUGUAGAUGAAUGAUCAUAUGAUUAUCAGAUCUUCUUUGUAGAAAUCUCGACUGAUUUUGUUAGUGUUUUAGUUUUUUUUGGAUCUCUCAGUGUUCAGAAUUGAAAAAUUCUCCUAUUUUCGUGUAGAUCAUUAUCUUGC